CCGAGAAACGAUCAGAGCAACUUCAAUAACUAGCACAUUCUUUCCCUUCUCUCUCCCCUGCGCAUAUGUGCUCUGUGAAGAGGAAUACAUCGAAGAAGAGGAAGAAUGGAUAGAGGAAGAAGACGAUCAGGAAGAACAGGUAGAGGAAGUGGAAGAGGAAACUGAAGAAACCAAGGAAGAAGAACAAGAAGAUGAAAAUAAAGCACCAGGAGAAGCAGUACUGGACCCCUGGAGCCAGAGCAUCAUGCUUUCCACAGGUGGAGAGGGGGACAGAGAGCAGGAGCCUGGGGAAGCUGGAUACUCUGUACAUGCCUCUCCACUGGAGGACAAUCUGUCACACAGCCUGUGCUGCCGGGAAAGAGGUGAAUUGAAGCCAAAGCCCAAGCUUUUCAUGCCAAACCUGGUGCCCCCUAAAAUCCCAGAUGGGGAGAGAGUGGAUUUUGACGAUAUCCACCGCAAGCGCAUGGAGAAGGACCUGAAUGAACUACAGGCCCUCAUCGAAGCCCACUUUGAGAGUAGGAAGAAGGAGGAAGAGGAGCUAAUCUCCCUCAAAGAUAGGAUUGAACAACGACGAGCAGAAAGAGCCGAGCAGCAGCGGAUUCGCAGUGAGAGGGAGAAGGAGCGUCAAGCCCGCAUGGCUGAAGAGAAAGCUCGCAAAGAGGAAGAGGAGGCCAGAAAGAGGGCUGAAGAAGAAGCCCGGAAGAAGAAAGCUUUCUCCAACAUGCUACAUUUCGGAGGCUACAUGCAGAAGACAGAGAAAAAGGGUGGGAAGAAGCAAACAGAGCGGGAGAAGAAGAAGAAGAUCCUCAGUGAACGUCGGAAGCCCCUGAACAUUGACCACCUCAAUGAAGACAAGCUAAGAGAAAAGGCUAAGGAGCUGUGGCAAAACAUCCGUGAUCUGGAGGCGGAGAAAUUUGACCUGCAGGAAAAGUUCAAGCGGCAGAAAUAUGAGAUCAAUGUUCUCCGAAACCGUGUUAAUGAUCACCAGAAGGUGUAAGUAACUGGGCAGGCCAAGUAUCCUUCCUCCCUUCUUCCUGCCCUUCCAGGUGCCCUACUGUGCUUGUCACAAGUCCCUCCCUGUCUUUCUCCUGGUGUCUAUCACUCUAGCAGACCCUUCUGCUUUUCUUUCUGCUCCUGCCAGUGGUCCCACUGGUAUCUGCUGUUCAUGGACCUGCAGGUCUGGUCCAGCAGCCUUGGUCUAUGCUGCUCUGCUCCCUUUGAGGCACCCAUUGCCUCCUACCUCCAUCAGCUUCUCCCUCCAGGUUUUGGUUAGGGAUGAAUCCCAUGCAGAGACCUCUGUCUCUGCAGGAAGCUCUGGUAUGGAGCCUCGUGUCCUUUAGAGGACUUGCUAGCCUGCACCAGUCCCUGGUGGCUCUGCCCAGUGUCUCAGAGAAGACACUGGAGAGCCUACCUUGUAUGGGAAGGGAAAUCUCUUGGGCUGUUGGAGCAGCGCAGCUCUGCAAGGAGAGGGAGCCUGUCUCUGUGUCCCUUGCAUAGGAUUUGGGGGCCUUCAUAGCACUCUCAGGGCAGAGGCAUGUCAGUCUCAGCAUCCCCUUACCCUCGGGAACACCAUGCUGCUCUCACAACCUCAUCCUGCCCUGUCCUCUCAGAUGACAUGUGCUUAGUCUGCACUGUUUGCCAGUUAGCAGUUUCCCUCCUGCUUACACCAAGUCUCUCUUCUUUUCUACCCUAACAUGGCCUGUUCCUGCAGUAAAGGGUGAGUACAGGCAACUUCUGAGUGCUGUGUUUCUCCCACUGCAAGUGAGCUGCAUGGACACACAGGGCUAAAAUGAAUUUAGAAGUAGAUCUGAGGGGAGGAGGCAGUCCUGGUGAUCAGCAGGUAGAGCAUUUUAUCUUGGGAUAAAAUGUCUGGCCAGAAACGUUCUUUACCAACCAUCUGAGCCACCUCCUCCUCCUCUCUGCUGAUCUGUGUGCAGAGAACCAGCUGUUUCGCUGAUGCUGGUUAAGCAGAGUCGUGCAGUGGGCAGUGCGUCUUGGCUAACACACUCUCACAGCUUCCGGUUCUUGAGAGAGAGAUUGUGCAGUUGUUGUUAUCUCUAUGUAGCCAAAGAUCUAAAUCCUUCAUUUCUUCUCUGAACAAUCCUUAAGAGGGAGGAACAUGGGAAGGGUAUCAGGGAUAUUUAGAAAUACCUGGUGAAAUGCAUGAGCUUGCUCUCAUACAGUCCCAGAGCACAGUCCGAUCUGGGUCCUAAGGCCUGACCUGAGGAAGAUGCUACUGAAGACCUCCUUCUCUGAUAGGCAGUGAGCAUCAACCAGAGAAGACUGGUCCCAUGAUACCCUUUGCAGGGACUCCAGUUCUUCUCAGAUGGAGCCUUCCUCUUCUCUCCUUUCACAUUCACUAAUGCCUUUCUGCACAUGCCUUUCUGCUUCCCUUCCAGGUCAAAGGCUGCCCGUGGGAAGACCAUGGUUGGUGGCCGGUGGAAAUAGAUGACUUAGAAGGCAAAGGUGAGGCUCAGCCAUGGAGAGGCAUAUUGCCUUUUGGUCAACCAGCUGGUUUCCCUAGGUCAUGGAGCCUGCCUCUAUCUCUCCCCGGCCAUAAAACUGCAUAGUGCUUACAAGGACCUUGCUGCAGGUGCACCACUGUCUAUGGUCCUUUGUGAGGUGUUGUUUCUCAUUUCCACACCCCUAGAUGAUGUUGUGUCUGUAAAUAAAGAAGAAUGGUGAGGGGG